AUGGCGUUCUCCACUGUUGGCUGCCUUAUUCUGGCUUUCCUUGUCGGACGUAGCUGUGGCCUCAGCUGCUACACCUGCCAGCACCUGGAGAGUUCACCUGAUUUCUACACCUGUCUACAGAACCCAACCUCCGUCAGUACGGAAACAUGUACAGGAGACGAGGACACCUGCCAGGCCACGUUCCUGAAAUUAAGCUGGAUAUACUUCAUCACCAGAGGAUGUUCGACCAUCGCGGAUUGUAGCUCAGCGCUGGGAAUUGGAACCGCAGCCCAGUGUUGCACAUCAAAUAACUGCAACAGCGAGCGUUAUGAGAUGCCACCAACCACAACUACUACAACCAAGAGACCUACAACUACCGUGCGGACAACCGAACCCCCAACCACCAUAGUGACAACCCUGCCUCCAACUACUGAUGUCACUACGGUUGUAACUACUCCACCCCCAACUACACUUGUUACUACCCCACCCCCGACUACACUUGUUACCACCCCAUCCCCCACUACCCUGGAAACGACCCUGCCUCCAACUACCGAGCCUGACACUACCCUGGGAACGACGCAAGCCCAAACUACCAUGGAAUCAACCGAGGUCCCAUUGGAUGAAACUACGCUUGACACAGAAACAACGGAGGUUCCAACCACGGAAAUGACAACGGUACCCCCAACAACCGUAGCUGUUGACACUACGUUAGUGACAACUGCACGGGACGAAACCACAACGCUGGAGGAAACGGCAUCUGCUUCGCCGACCACCGUUACGUCUUCCGUCGCGCCCACACAAAAGCGUACGACAACAGAGAGGGUUAGAGAUGCUACAACCACCGACGUUGCUGAUGAGACAACUACAGAUGAGUUAGCCACCGAAGAACUAACGACCACUGACGAAAUACCGACGACCGAACUGUCCACGAUGGUGACCGACGUGUGGACAGAGGCUACCGACAUCUUUACGGAAACGACCGAGAUUUUCCCGCUGAACACAACGACUCCUAGCGACUUGGAGGUGGAAAAGCAGCUCGGGGGCGUGAAUGUCGGAGAGGUCGUCGGGUUCACCAUGCUGGCCAUCGCCGUUCCCUCCAUGGUAGCAGUCGCUGUCUACUACUACGUCAAGCACAAGCAAAACGGCUCAAAGAUCCACCCCGACGACAUCACAGAGAUAAAAGAAGACCGAUCGACGCACUACAAGACAGCACCGAGCAUUGGUGAUCUCAAAGAUGGGAUAGAGGAAGUCCCGGAGGAAGUUCUCAAAGACGAGACGGAAGCAAACCUCAAGGAGGAGGAAAGUACAGACGAGAAGGUGGAGGAAACUCCUAAGGAGGAAGAAAGCAAAGAUGAAAUGGAGGAAGAUCAGAAACAAGAGGAAGACAAAGACGAGAAGGAGGAAGAUGAGGAAGAGAAUGAAGACAGCGCAUCUCUUCAAGAGGAGGAUUCCUCCCGCACUGCUAGUCUGAGACAGGACAGUGGGCUUGGGACGUCACCUAUGUUGGCGUGGGUUAAUGAACAGCCAGCCUGGAGUACGGCAUGAGAUGAGAAGGGACACCAACAUAUCUGUAU